AUGGCAACCGUUGCGGCAAGCACCGACGCAGCUGUUCCUGAUGACGACGACCUCAGCGAGGAUGAGGCUGAAGAGCCUAUGGAUCCUUGGGCGAGCUACGAGCGACCGCCUGGGUUCUCACCGGCGGCUUCCGGAGGCCGGCCCGAAUCCGCCCUUCAGGGCUCUACUGGACGAGGCGGCCAGUUGGACACGGAGUUCGCGAUGUUCGAGGAGUUUGUCCGAAGACGAGAAGCAACUCGACCUCGGGGACGACGGACGAGCACUGGAGAUGACGAUGAUGACGACCAGAGCGGCCGUGGUUCGGCUGGUCCUCCGCCAGCCUGGGACGGAACGUCGACCUUCAAGGACUAUCUGGUCAGAGCUCGGUUGUGGCUUGCGACGACAAAGGCCAAGCCGAGAUCUCGUGGACCGAUGCUGCUGAAGAAUCUGUCGGGAACUCCCUUCGACGACUUGAAGUACCUGGCCAGAGAUGCUGCUUGGAUGAAUGCUGAGGACAACGCCGAGCAGAUGCUCAAGAUCAUGGAUACCAAGGAGCUCUAUGGCGAUGAUGCCCGAGAAGACAUGUUGAAUACGCUCUACAAGAUCACCUAUGCUCUCCGGCGGGAAAAAGGUGAAUCAUACAAAACCUUUUUCAGCCGCUGGGAGAAUUGUGUUCGACGGCUCACCGAGCAUGAUGUGGCCCUCCCUGCUGAAUAUUUAGGAUUUCUCCUUACGAUGGCAUUGCAACUUUCUUCGGAGGAAGUGAAGCUUCUCAUGAACUUCACUCAAGGCAAGUUGAACCAGAAAGAUGUCAAGGAGUGGGUCAGAGUCAAUGAGACGAACCUCAAGCUCGGAGCCACCGGAACCUCGAGACGUAACAACCAGGUCUUGCACGUGGAGGACGCGUCCGACCAGGACGAUGCCGAGGACAGCGACAGCGUGGAGGUCUUGAUGAACGCGAUGGAGUCCCUGGAGGACCCGAUUCAGGACGCCGACGCCGACGAGACCGAGCCCUUCGACGAGGCAGAUGCCAAGGACAUCCUGUCCACCAUGAUCAAGGAGCAUGCGAAAGGAACAGUCAAGAGGACUUUCAAGGCAGUCAACGACGCCAAGCGAGCCAAGGGAUUGGCCCGGGGCUACAGCGCGGCCCGAGACAUCGGUGGGAAGUUCCAAGGCGGCAAGGGCGGCGACUAUGUCAAGACCGGGGAGUCGUACCGGAUCUCGAUUGACGCCCUCAAGCGCCGAACCCGCUGUGCUCAUUGCAAGAAGAAGUGCACUCCAAUCAUGUUACCAGCUCAAGUCCGGACGAGUGCUCCUCUGCCGGUGACUCCCGUAGAUUGUGCCAACAUGGAGACCCAGAACAAACGAGCUCGUCACCCGGAAGAUCACCGAGCACACCUCUCCUGGCGCCGCAUGACCCUGCACCUGCUGGUGGUGAUCGCGGACGCGGUCCAGAAGGCUAUGCUGAGGUUCCUGGGAACCCGAGGACCCAAACAGGUUCUUCGCCAGCAGAUGAUGGAUCUGGUGGAGGUCCUCAGCCUCCGACAACUGGGCGAGCUGAACCAGCUGGUUCACCACGCCAUUGCCGAGGGCGACUUGGCCGACCUCACCGACGAGGAGAACUGGGAGGUGCUUUCCGAGAUCCUUCCAGAGGACGUGCCACCCCCGAGCCAACGCAAGAGGACUUCGACGGCGAUGGGUUCGCAGGAGAGAGUGCACGACAGCCCGAUGUUCGAGGACAAGUACGACGAGACCAUCGAAGUAUGCUACUGCGAUCUCCCGAGGUCCAUGCUCAGGACCCACAAGGCAGGAGCCAACAAGGGGCGGCUGUUCUACCGAUGUCACCAAUGGAGGUUUCCGAGCAGACGCUGCACCUACUUCGAGUGGCUGCCCGACCACGAGCAGGACACGUGGUCGAAUGCUCCUUGGGGACCUCCAACGCCAGUGGACAAGAGAUCUCCGAAUCGAAAGUCGCCACCGAGGCCAGCACCGUCAUCCCGAGGAUCGACUCGGAGAAGUCCUCCUCCGUCACCGGUGGUCGAGAACGAGACUCCGGAGGAGAUCAACAAUCGCCAGCCAGGCAGCCGGAGUUCUACGACAACGAACCGGACAACUACGACAAGGAGCCCGACGCCGCCAUCAACAACGGCCGGAGAAUGCCCACACCGGAACGUGACGAAUGCCGGAUCCAAUGCCUGGGUGAGGCAAGCUCGCUGUGUGGAUUGCGGCCAAGUUCUUCGCCGAGAAUCCACGGAGUUCCAGAAGACCUAUUACCGGGACCGAGGAGUCGAGCUUCGACCGCCGAAGACGCUGCCGAACAAGAACGACGAUGCCAAGCCCAAGCAGCCGGCGCCAACGAGGAGCCCAACGGCGAGGUCCAGCGGCGAGCGAACACCCCAGCAGGACUACGAGGAGUACCAGGAGUUCCUGCGCUUCCGGGCAAUGAGGGACAAGAGCUCAGCAGCCAACCAUCCGAAAAGAGGAUGA